UCUCACUACGAAAUAAGCAUCAAACUGAAGAGACGACGACAAUGUCUAGAGCUCGGUAUGAUUGGUCCAAACUUUGCACCGAUCUUCUGCGAUCGAUCCUCGAAAGCUUACACCCUAAAGAUUUUCAUAGGGCAAGAACUGUCUGCUCAAGCUGGUACUCUGUCUCCACAACAUGUAUACGACCUCUCUAUCCAUGGCGAAUCCUAUUCCGUAAGUCUUCUACUCUGUUAUUCGAUCCCGAACAAGACAAAACUAUCGAAACCGAACACCCGGGAACCGACUUCUCGAAACACUGUCUCAUCGCUAGUUGCAGCAACUGGCUCUUGAUCAUUGAUCCUCGUCUAGAUUUGUAUCUUUUGAAUGUGUUCACUUGCGAAAGGAUCAAUCUUCCAUCGAUGGAGUCAUUGCUUCUACGUAACGCUAGCUUUUAUGGUAACACAACCUCUUCGAAUAUAUCUGCUUGUCUUUCGAUGAACGAGAGAACAAGGGAUUAUGUUGUAGCCUGGAGUUACAAAGAACACUACUUGUUCUCGUACAAGAAAGGAGAUGAUUCCUGGUGUGAGCAUAAAGGCACACGGUGUAAGUCCUUGGCGUAUAAGAACAACAAGCUUUACGUGUAUACAUCUGAUGAUUACGUCAAGAUUCUUGGUUUAUCUGGAGAUUCCCCUAAUGAGAUCGUGGAAGGGAACCCUUAUCGUAAUCAUAGGUUUCGCUUUGUUUUGCAACCUGGGGAACAUGUGUGGAAGAAGAAAGUAGCGAUUACCAACUCCGGAGAGGUUUUGAUUGUUCUGAGCUUAAGAGGGUUACAUGAGCAACGUUUGUUUUGCAUCUUUAAGAUGAAUGUCGAAAGUGGUAACUGGGAAAGAGUUGAUUCUCUUGGUGGUGAGAUGUUGAUGUUUGGUUAUGGAGUCACAAUAAGAUCUCCGAUCAAAGAGAUUGACGGUCAGGGAAUCAAGAGUGACUCAAUCUGUUUCAUUGAUUAUGAUCUUUGGCCUGCUGCAGGUUAUUUUCGUCCCAACAGACAAAUUUAUUGCGGUAUUUUCGAUCUUGCGUCGAGUACAAUCACAUGGCCUAAAAUAUCAGAUGCUUCAGUCUUGAAGAGCUUCUGGUUUGUUCCGGGAUAUGCUUAAGUCUUGGUCUGAAGAAUGGUUUCAACUUACGGUCUAGUCUUUAAAAAGACUCAGCAGCUAAACAAUGGGCUUCUCUUUUGUCUCGCUACUUUGUGGGUUUGAUUCUAGGUACGAGUUUGUUCAAGCACUUUGAUGCUUGUAGACUUUUAUUGAAUCGUUUUUAUAUUUGAUGCAAGUUUCAUCAACAAUGUGUUGUUUAACCUUUUUCAAACAAUGUGUCGUUUUUAUAUUUGCGGGUUUAUCAUUUGUUUAUGUAAGAAAAACAUGCGGCUUAGUCAUUGGUUGCAAGAAAACUUUUCAUUUUAUUGUU